AUGAACGGCGGAGUUUCCAAGCCGUGGACCCGCCGCUCUCGUGCGGAAAUAUCCAAAGCCUUGCAAGGAACGCUACUGGACGCUGUUACAAACAACGCUGCAGAGCCUCCGCGGAGCCACCGAGAGCAGUCUCGGGAGAGUGGAGAUCUCGCCGGAGACGUGACGCCGGUACAGGCUCGGAAGGGGCGACUCGACAUGACAACGGAAAGCGAUCCGGUACCUGCGAAGCAAGCCCGGUUGACAUGGAGAGACUCACAACCGCCUGAAGUUGAGGAUAAGGAAGUAGAUGACAAGGUAUGGCACCAGUCGCCCUAUACGUCCUCACAACUAAUGUGGAAGCUCGUACAGACCACUGUACGGCAACCAACGCCCAGUCCUCCCAGGCGUCCAUACCCCCCGUUUCUCAAAGAUUUUGUCGACCCGGUGCAUUCCAGUCCCUGUCCCGCAUCUGUCCACGCCUUUGUUUCCGAGUGGCUCGAGUCGGUCGACUCAGACCGAGAGAAACACUGCCCGUCGGAUAGCCAUCUGCACCACUCAGAAGACGACCUCGUCCCAAGACAGCUUACGAGAUCGGCGCCAGAGAUGGGUCACACAAAGGACGCCGAUGGGUUUACAGUGCCGCCGCUACCGGCUUCGACCGGUUCGCGUUCAGACCGAGCUUCACCCACCGGAUCGGUCGCGCCGUCGGGGCUCACUGGUGCGACCUCCGGUCCAGGGCGAUCAUCUGGAAAGAGCCUUGUUGAGGAUCCAUCUUACCGGAGGCUAGACCUAGCCGCGAACAACAUUUACAUGCGCGAUCUCCACGAGCAGUUCCCGGAGCAUAUUGCCGACCUGGUCGAUCAUGUACACAAAGACCGCGACUCACCUGGCCCAUCGUCAGAUGAAGUGCGGCAAGAUACUGAGUUGAAUGAGCUCUGGAUGGGUGCGGGAGAAUCGAGAGUGGAAGCCUAUUUCAGGCGCAGGAUAUUCCCUGAACCCGAACCAGGCGACGGUUUGGUUCGCGAUGAGAGACAGCCGAUGCCCAAGCACGCUGUUCCAAGUGCUGGAUCCAGCCUUAAAGUCAGCACUCCAGUACCCGAUAUUCUUUAUGGAUAUCACAGGAAAGCAUUUCCUCAGCAACAAACCCAACUUAUUUCCAUGAGAAAUGAGAUGUUGGGGAACAAUCAAGGUCUUAUGUAUCCAUUCUUCGUCAUCGAAUUCAAAGGGGAUGGUCCUACUUCGUCUGGUAGUUUCUGGGUGGCAACAAAUCAAUGCUUGGGGGGUUCAACAUCCUGUGUCAAUAUUGCUGAACACCUCAACCACCACUUGAUGAACUACAAGAGCAAUGAGGUCCUGCCGAUCAAUAGCGCCGCAUUCAGCAUCGCCAUGAGUGGCACAGAGGCGCGACUCUAUAUAUCGUGGAAGCACAAUGAACUGGACUACUACAUGGCAAACGUGAAGGGUUUCUUACUCUACGAGCCCGAGCACUAUAUCGAGUUCCGCAAAUACGUCCGGAACAUCAUCGACUGGGGGAAGGACAAACGGCUAAAAGAGAUUCGGGAUUCCCUGGACACCCUUCUGGAAAAAAGGAGGCAGAGAGCCUCCGAGGGCCGUUUUCGGAUGACCCCCUUUAUACAGCCUGUUGCUCCCCAGACCUGA